AUGCUGUUUGGUGGUGGACCAAAUAAUACGGAAAUUUCGGGCUCAUCGACACCGGCUGAAGGCUAUCAGUCGCCGCCCGCAAGCCAUGCUAUAGGAUCAUCAGUAAAUGAUGAAACUGGUCGUCACACGCCACCUGUUAUGUCAUCGUCGACUCCGUCAUUCUGCGCAGCGAUGGGACCAUAUAGAGAAUUUGGACAGGGUGGCGGAUUCUUGACGAUAGCAGUCAAAAAACUUUUCAGUUUGGUGCAGUUUGUGUUUGUCGUGACCUUCUCGACGUUUUUCACGCAAUGCGUCGACUAUGAGGUUCUCUUCGCUGAUAAAAAUUUGACUACUACGGGUGAAAAGAUUACUGGAAAGCGGAGUUUUGAUGACGCCAUUGUUGCGAAUUGUGCUAGUCACUUACAUCCGCUAGUCGUGUUUUCAAUACUCGUGGCGACUGUUUUUUGGAUUUUGCGUGUGGUGAAGACAACGUACUAUUUGCUGGAACUACACGAGAUCCAACUUUUCUAUCGUUCUGCUUUGCUUAUCAAAGAUGCUCAAUUGUCGAAUCUCAAAUGGCAUGAUGUCGUUCAACGAAUCUGUGAGGUGCAAAAGCAUCUUCAUCUGAAAGUGGAUCGUGAUAAUAUAACUCCAUUUGACUUGUAUAAUCGAAUACUGAGGUUUAAAAACUAUCUAGUUGCAUUAGUGAAUACGCGAGUACUUCCACCGGUCCUCAAUGUGCCUUUUAUUGGUCUACGUCUCCGUGGGCUGGACCAUAUCUUGAAGGAUGAAUACAAAGAUUUGGAUAAUCUCGAGCUGUUAACAAGGCAAAUGGAAAAAGAUGUCGCCAUGUAUGGGUUUCUGAAUUUGAUCUUCUUCCCAUUGAUAUUUCUCUAUCAAAUUUUAUAUGCUUUCUUCACGUUAUCCGAACUAAUAAAACGGCGUCGUGAUGCUCUAGGAAUGCGCAGAUAUUCGAACUACGGAAGAUACCGCGUGAGGCAUUUUAAUGAGCUCAAUCAUGAGCUCACGGCACGUCUAAAUAGAUCGCAUUUCACCUCGGCAUUAACGGAGAUAUUUGCUAAGAAUGUCGCAUUUAUUGCUGGAGCCAUUGCCGGCGUUUUGGCCAUUCUUUCGGCUUGGGACGAGGACGUACUACAGGUAGAGCACGUCCUGACUGUAAUCUCAGUUUGUGGUAUCGUUAUGGUGGUGUGUCAUGGUAUGAUGUCGGAUGAAAAUCUAGUUUGGCAGCCGGAAGCGCUAAUGACACAUAUUGCAAGCGAGCUGCAUUAUGUGCCGACGGAGUGGAAGGGACAGGCCCACACGGAGCAAGUUCGCCGUGAGUUCGAGCAGCUGUUCCAGUUGAAGUGGGUAUUCUUACUGUUGGAGCUGAGCAGAUCCGACCAAAUUUGUCGUGAAUUGGUUCGCUUCUUUCACGACAACACGGUACGUGUCGACGGUCUAGGUGAUGUGUGCUCGUACGCAUUAAUGGAUGUUGCAAGGCAUGGCGAUGUGAAAUGGAAUGGUUCUACAUCACACCCAACCGCUGCGCCGGCAUUUGAUGGGAAAACCGAACUCUCUAUUCUUCACUUCGCGUCCAACAAUCCGGAGUGGAAAUGUCCGCCUGCAACUGAGCAGUUCUUGCAGAGGUUCAGGGCCAAGCUGGAACAUGACGUCAACGCAGCUAUGCAGCCAGUUGGUUUGAACGAGGAGCGAAAUCUGUUACUAGACUCCAUGCAUUCGAUAAUGCCGUCGAUAAGGGCAGCACCGUACAGGAACAAUGUAAUAGGUGAAGGUUUAUAUCCAGCUCACGUGGCUCCAGAUUCAAUUCUUUGUGGUCUUCUUCCUACCCUUUACCAAACCAAUCCGCAAGGUGCUGAUUCGUUGACGCGUAGUCUCCAGCAGAGCGGUAUUGAUUUGGAUUCCGCAGGAGCUGAUAUGCGUAUCAAAACGCUAUUCCUUCGUGAAAUGCAUGGAGAGAGUCUACGAAGGAGCAGCGCUCCUAUGCCAGGUUAUGGUGCCAGCAUGGCUGGUGUUCAUGCACAAAGCGUUUUUGGGGUGCCGCAGCUCAGUCAGAUGGAAGAGUCGGUGAUACCUGAGAGCGACGCCCGUAGCCGCUUGAUAGUCCGCCCAAAUCUGCCGGGAACGAGUGAAGAAGAGCCGGAAGACGAACGUAGAUGUCAAGAAGAAGCUGACGAAGAGCUUAGACGUCAACAGGAUGAGGACGAUAAUGAACGUCCACCACACUUUAUGAACGCGGAUUUGACCGAAGACGGAGGUGGUCCAGCUCGCGGCAAAAGCAAGCCAAGAGUAGCACAUGGUAUGAAGAAGGCUAAAAAUGGGAAAGUGAAAAAUGGUAGCAUGAAAAAAGUGAAGAGGCUACGUGGCGAAGCUGUGAAAGGAACGUGCAUUGAACACAGGAUGCUUGGUGGAUUCGAGGACGAGAUGUAUGCAUCUGACGAAGACCUUGUGGAC